UCUGAAAAGAAAAAGAGAAGGAAGAACAAAGAAGAGACCGGAGGUUCUUUCAACCUCCAUGUUUCGUUCCAACUUUUUUUCGUUUCAGAAAAUUCAUUUCCGGAUGUUUUCCUUCGAUUCAACCACAUUGUUUCAUUGUCUCUGAAUUUUCGGACCGGAUUUGUGGCUUCAGUCCCCGCCUGAUUUCAUUUUUCUCAAUUUUUCCUUCAGUGAAUAGACCUGAAUCUCUGCAUUUCCGGUCCUAAUCUCUAAUUCUUGUCAUUUUGUUCGUUUCAAUCGGGCCACUUUGACGCUAUAGUUAUCAGAUUCUUGAGAAAUCUGGCUGAACGAGCUCGUUUUGCUCAUGUCGUCUAAGGUUGGCCUUAGCUGAAAUGUGGGUGGCAGUGUUUCCUCAGCUUCUCGACGGCAUUUCACAGCUCCGCAUUCUCGGGGAUCAUGGAAAGAGUGGAUCAUUGUGGAUUGUGUUAUGAACUCAUAUUUUGAGUUGUACUCAGCUGGUCGGAAGUUCUGGUGAAUGGCUGAAUCCAAACUGAAACUGGAGCUGGUGGAGUGGUUAAAUUGUUUGCUUCCCCAUAUAAAUUUGCCAUUGGAUGCUUCUGUUGAGGAGUUGAGAGCAUGCUUGAGCGAUGGAACAAUACUAUGCAGCAUAUUGGAGAAACUAUGCCCUGGGGCAGUCCAGGGAGGCAAUUCUAAGCCCAUCAAUCCUAAUAUUGAAAGUUUUUUGAUAACUUUGGAUGAAUUAGGACUUCCUGGCUUUGAACCAUCUGUCCUAGAGCAGGGAUCUAUUGCUCCAGUUUUGCACUGCCUGAGCACACUUCGAGCUUCAUUUGAUUUGAGUGCUGGAGAUGAGUACAUUCAAAAUUAUUCACGAAAGAAAUGGAACUUAUAUGAAGUAGAAUCAUUAGAUGGAAUCAAUAAUUUCUCUGGGCUAAGAUUCCAGGAUUUUCAGAAUGGUUCAGUUAUAUCAAUGCCAUCGUAUGGUUUAAACGGUCAUAUUCAAUCUGAGGAUCAUGAAGGGCAAGAACAAAAUCAUGAUGUUUCUGGUUCUAACAUCUUGGAGUUGAUAAAAUCAAGAAAUCUUGAGAAUGUCUCUACUCAAUCACUUUUCAAUACAAUCAAUGGAAUUCUAGAUGGCAUUGUCGAAUCAAAAAAUGGAGAUGUGUCGCAUCAAGUAGCUUGUAUUCUGAGAAAAGUUGUACAAGUGCUUGAGCAGAGAAUUGUAACUAAUGCUGGAAACCUGAAACAUCAAAGCAAUCUUUUGAAAGCUCGAGAGGAGAAAUUUCAGUCAAAAAUAAAAGCCCUUCAAACCCUUGCAACAGGGACCACUGAAGAAAAUGAGAUUGUUAUGAAUCGGCUUCAGCGUAUGAAGAUUGAAAAAUUCAAAGUAGAGGAGAUGAAAAACUGUGAGGAGCAGAAUAAGAUGGCAUUGAAGGAGCAAAAGGAACGAUGUGAUGUCGAGCUUUCAAAUCUCAAAGAGGAGCUAGAAAAGGCUAAAAGGGAACAUGAAAAUCAUUGUUUGCAACUGGAAACAAAUGCUAAGGAGGAUAAAGCUAAGUUUGAGGAGAAACUAAAUGAACUUGAAUACUUAUUAGCGGAUUCCAGGAAGAAGGUGGAGGAACUCGAGACAUUUUCUGAAUCUAAAUCACUGAGAUGGAAGAAGAAAGAGUUCGUCUAUCAUAAAUUUGUCGUUGACCUGCUUGGAGCUUUUCAGGAAUUAAGGAUUUCAGUGGAGUCCAUCAAACAUGAGGUCUUGAAUACAAAGAGCAUCUAUGCUGAGGAGUUUAAUUACCUCGGAAUGAAGUUCAAAGGAUUAGCAGAUGUGGCUCAGAAUUACCAUGCAGUUCUGAACGAAAACAGAAGAUUGUAUAACGAGGUUCAGGAUUUAAAAGGUAACAUUCGAGUGUAUUGUCGAAUUCGGCCAUUCCUUCCAGGGCAAAAUAUGAAGCUAAGUACAGUUGAGUAUAUUGGUGAAAAUGGUGAAUUGGUAAUUAUAAAUCCCGCUAAACAAGGCAAAGACAACCGUCGACUAUUCAAGUUCAAUAAAGUUUUUGGUCCGACAUGUUCACAAGAGGAUGUGUUUUUAGACACUCAACCAUUGGUUCGAUCUGUCCUCGAUGGAUAUAAUGUUUGCAUAUUUGCUUAUGGACAAACCGGUUCGGGAAAGACGUAUACUAUGAGUGGACCUGAUGUAUCAUUGAAAGCAGAAUGGGGUGUUAAUUAUCGAGCGUUAAACGACCUCUUCGAAAUUUCUCAAAGCAGGAAGGGCUCUAUUUCCUAUGAAAUUGGUGUCCAAAUGGUUGAGAUAUACAAUGAACAAGUUCGUGAUCUGCUCUCAACUGGCGGUCUUCCAAAGAGACUUGGGAUUUGGAACACCACUCAGCCAAAUGGGCUGGCAGUCCCAGAUGCCUGCAUGAAUUAUGUUAGAUCUACUAGUGAUGUCCUGGAUUUGAUGAAGAUUGGAUUGGCAAACAGGACAGUUGGAGCCACAGCCCUGAAUGAAAGAAGCAGCAGAUCUCAUAGUGUGCUGACGAUUCACGUUCGUGGUGUGGACUUGGAGACAGAUGCUAUCUUGCGUGGUAGUCUUCAUCUAAUAGAUCUUGCCGGUAGUGAAAGGGUGGACCGCUCAGAGGCAACCGGAGAUAGGCUGAAGGAGGCGCAACAUAUAAAUAAAUCAUUAUCGGCUCUCGGGGACGUAAUUUUUGCUCUUGCACAGAAGAAUUCGCAUGUUCCUUACAGAAAUAGCAAACUAACCCAAGUUCUCCAAAGUUCUUUAGGUGGUCAAGCGAAAACGCUCAUGUUUGUACAGAUUAAUCCCGAUGCAGAGUCCUACUCUGAAACCAUAAGCACCUUGAAGUUUGCAGAAAGAGUUUCCGGUGUGGAGUUGGGUGCUGCUCGCAGCAAUAAAGAGGGUAGAUAUGUUAGAGAACUGAUGGAUCAGGUGGCAGUUCUCAAGGAUACCAUUGCAAGUAAAGAUGAGGAUAUUGAGCGGUUGCAGUUGCUUAAAACUAAUAGCAAUGGCGUAAAGCAUGGUGUUAGUUCCCUAAGAUAUGAAUCAUUUUCCCCUAGAAAGCACUCUAGCGUAACGCCUCGGCCAAGCCAAAAGCCAUCAGGGAGAAGGGGCUUAGGGUUGAUUAGUAAAGCAACAUCUGACCACGACAACUUCUCCGAUUGUGAUAGGCGUUCUGAAUGUGGAUCAUAUCAAUCUACGGAUGACUUCAGACAUCAUAAUCGUUCUGGAUCAGGAUCAACGCAUCUGUCUGUAGAGGAUUUUAGACAUCAUAAGCGUUCUGGAUCAGGAUCGACGCAUCUGUCUGUAGAGGACUUGAGACAACAGAAGGAAUUUUCUUCACAAUCAAGAGCUUUAGGUCAGAAUGUUACUGAUGAUGUUGAGCUUUUAGGCUUUGGGAAUGCUGAUUCUGAUGAGAGAUUAAGUGACAUAUCAGAUGGCGGCCUUUCGAUGGGGACCGAAACUGAUGGAUCGCUUUGCAGUGUUGUGGAAUACACUUUAUUCCCUGAAGUCCCAAAGCCAUCAGAUGGUUCGUUUGCCGAUACCAAACACCCGGAGAGCUCGUCGGAUGUAAAAAGUCUAGCUGAGAGUGCAACAACUGGGGGGAAGUCUUUGGUUCCUAUUCCAGAAAAAACCAAUGCACCGUUGAAGACAGGCCUCAGGCCCCCACAAAGGCCCGUGCAAGCGAAACCGUCGAGAGUUUCACUGACGAAAAGCUUCUCAAAGGCUCCAUCAGCAUCAAAUGCCAAACUUUUCAUUGAUAAAAUGAAAAGUACAAAAGGAGAUCAAAGGAGAAUACCAAAAAGCUCUCCCUCUGCUGUUAAUAACAAAAGAAUUAUAACUACAAAAGAGAGUGGAUAUAGUGCACCAUCUUGAGGUACGAAAAAUCUAUUGUUGGUAGCUCCUCGUCGAUGAAAUGCAGCAAAAGUUCUUGGUUGCAGGUUAACUUCACGCCUAGUUUCUGGCUCAUCUCAUAGGUUGCCUUUUGCCUUUCUAAUUGGAACUCCAUAAUUUCUUCCUUUUGUUGUACAUUUGUGUGCCAACAGAGGAAGGCUAACUAGAGGAAGGCUAACUACUUGCUGGCUCGGAGCUGUAUGAACGAUAACAUCCAUGUAUGAUUUUUAUCAUUUUAUAUGUAUGAACAAUUAAUUUGCUCUUUUUUGGUCGUUGGUAAUCUUCUUAUUGACCACCAUUAAAGAUCUAAUAGUUAUUUAUUCUUUUUACAAAAAAAAGAAAA